UGUCCUCUUCCGAUCUCCCCGAGGCCCCCGUCCCCUCCUCGUCGACUCCCGUCUCGUCUCCUCGCGAGUUCACCUGCCGUCUGCGCCGAUCUCCGAUUCUCUAUCCGGCGAGCAGGGGGACGCCGCCGUCCUGCUGUUUCCGCCGCAUCCUGGUUUGGGAGGUUCAACUGAGCCCCCAUGUCGCAGGAGAGGAGCCAGUCGCAGAGCCCCCGGUCGCCGGCGUCGGCGGCUGGGGUGCCGUUCCUGUCGAUCUCCGUCACAGAUCCUGUGAAGAUGGGUACCGGAGUCCAGGCCUACAUCUCCUAUCGCGUCAUCACCAAGACCAACCUGCCUGACUUUGAGGGGCAAGAGAAAAUUGUUAUCCGGCGCUAUAGUGACUUUGAGUGGUUGCAUGAUCGUCUUGCUGAGAAGUACAAAGGCAUUUUUAUACCUCCCCUUCCAGAGAAGAAUGCUGUUGAAAAAUUCCGGUUUAGCAAAGAGUUCAUUGAAUUACGGCGUCAAGCCCUGGAUCUAUUUGUCAAUAGAAUAGCUUCACAUCCUGAACUCAAGCAAAGUGGAGAUUUGAAGAUAUUUUUGCAGGCAGAUGAAGAGAAAAUGGAUAGAGAAAGGUCUUAUGAAACUGGUAUAUUCAAGAAGCCUUCUGAUUUCUUACAGAUGUUUAAGGAUGUACAAUCAAAAGUCAGUGAUGUUGUUCUGGGAAAAGAAAAGCCUGUGGAGGAAUCUAGUCCUGAAUAUGAAAAGCUUAAAAAUUACAUAUUUGAGCUAGAAAACCAUUUAGCAGAGGCACAGAAACAAGCAUUCCGUCUUGUGAAAAGACACCGAGAACUUGGGCAAUCUUUGGCGGACUUUGGUAAGGCUAUUAAGCUUUUAGGUGCUUGCGAAGGGGACUCCUUGGAAAAAGUUUUUUCAGAAGUUGGAUCAAAGUCAGAGAUGUUAUCAGUAAAGCUGCAAAGAGAGGCAGACAACCUUCUCUUUAACUUUGAAGAGCCUUUGAAAGAUUAUGUACGUGCUGUGCAGUCAAUAAAAGCAACUAUGGUGGAUCGAGCCAAUGCUUUCAGGCAGCAUCAUGAUUUAUUUCAGCAGAAGGAAUAUAAAGGGGUUAAUCUCGAAAAAUUGAAGUUCGUGAACCCUGAUAAAUUUUCUGAACUAGAAGCUGAGGUCCGAGAGUUGACAGCAGACAGUGAGGAGGCUACAAAGAGGUUUGAGCACAUAGUUGCAGUAAUGAAUGAAGAGCUUGCACGUUUCCAAGAGCAGAAAACAGCUGAUAUUGGAUUCGCAUUCCAUGAAUUUGCCAAAGGCCAAGCAAAGUUAGCUAAAGAUAUUGCUGAUGCAUGGCGAGGCGUCCUCCCAAAGCUCGAAGCCUGUUCCACUUCAUAAAUGCUCCGUGUUAGCUUAUGUUGUUUGGUUUAGUGGUUGACAAUCGGCGAGUUUUAGGCUGUUUUUUCCCCAGGCCACCUUGACACCGCGUCCUGUAUACUUCAACUGACUCUGAAAAAGGGCUAGUUUUUAGAUACAAUUGACAUCAUUUCCUGCCUGCUCUGUGUGUAUCCUUCUUUUUACGACCAAUCAAUAUUGCUACUGGAAUAUCUCAAGAAUGAUGCAGUAAAGGGAAAAUAAACUUUAAUUUGGUACUGUA